CCUCUCUCCAACCGCCGAAUCUUCUCCUACUAGUACUACUUCUUCUCCAAUUUCCAGGUUCACGACGGGAAGAAAAGGAAGGAAAAAAAUUGAAUUGACAGUAGCACCACCAACUCAUAUGAAGCAUGAAGAAAAUUUCCCAUCUCUUCGCCUUCACAGCUCUCCUCUUCCUAUGUCUUCUACCUCCCCUCCCCCGCACAACCGCUGGUGACAUUCGAUCAGACAGAAAGGCACUUCUCAACUUCGGCACAUCAGUUCCACACACCCGCAGGCUGAACUGGACGUCCAAUGGCAGCCCUUGCAACUCGGGGCGGAGGACGAAUUGGGGCUUUUCGUACAGAGAGAGGAGAGCGGGAGACGGUCUUCGUCGAGAUUCAGCAUCGGUGGGAGUUUUUGGAAGGCGGGGAGUAAAAGCGGCCGGAGAGAAGACCAAACUCCGAUUCUGGAGGAAACAGGGGACGAUGAAGAAAACAGGGGAAGGGGGAAAAUUGGGUACCAUAAGUUCAAUCACAGGAUUGUAGUCUCCGAUUUGGCAUUCAAGAAUCGAUGGAGCAGUGCCAGCUCUUCGGAUUUGGUGUUUCUGAGGUCCGAGAUGCUUAACUACGCUGCCGGCGAGAGAUUCUUCUCUCUGGAUCAACAACUCUACAGCCAAUCUGGCGGCGGACAGCACAAAUUGGCCGGCGCCCCGCCGGCAGCAUCGAGUAACAGCAAUAACUACUUGUCGGC